AUGGCAUUGAAAAAAUUAUCCAACGAUGUUCAGUCGUUAUUAUGUGCAUCUUCUCAAGUUAAUAGCUUCAAAAGAGCCAUUGAAGAAUUAAUUUAUAAUUCACUAGACGCAGGAUCAACAUCGAUUGCGAUAAGGAUACACAUUCAAGAAAGUACAAUACAAGUUAUAGAUAAUGGACAUGGCAUCACAAAAACCGAUUUCCAUUUAAUCGGUCAAAGAUAUAUGACAAGCAAAGUUAUGGAUGUGGCAACUAUGAAAGCAGCUCCGAAGAACUAUGGAUAUCGUGGGGAAUUCCUACCAAAUAUUAUUGCAGUGUCACAAAUGGUUAAAAUGACGUCAAGGCAUGAAAAUUCUGAAGACACGUGGGCUAAGAUAUUUUCUAAUGGUAAAGAGAAGAAGUUCAUUAAAAUGACUACAAGGCCUACGAAAGGAACUACGGUAGACAUCAAAGGCUUUCUCUAUAAUCUUAACAUACAAAAAAGAGGUAUUGAUCCUGUUAAUGAGCUUCAAAACAUCAAAACGUUUCUUGAACAAUUAUCACUAGUCCAUAAUCACAUAUCACUAAGUUUAAGAGAUGAUUUGCAAAAUGAAAUUGUAUUUAAAAUUCAUAAGAAAAGAAAUAUCUAUCAAACAUUAUCGAAUUUAUUUAAUAUCGAUAAGAGUGAUGUGCAAGAACUUCAAGUGGAGAAAAAUGAAUACAAAGUUAAAGGUUUAAUAGGAAAAGGUAAUAAAGAGCUUGACUUCCACUGGAUUUAUGUCAAUGGGAAGUUUAUACAUAACAGUAGCAAGCUACAUAAGAUUACAAAUGAAUAUUUAAAAAAAUGUCUGAACAUAAAGGAACAGACUCGACUAAAAUCUAAGGUAAAAUUUAGACAUGACGAAAAUCAACUAUUUAAUCAAAACAUUCCUUAUUACAUUAUAUUCAUAACUUGCCCAUACAUUGAUUAUGAUAUUGACUAUACAACGAAACAAGCAAUCAUACAAUUUAAAAAUUGGGACCAACUGAAUAAGAUGUUAGAAAAAUUAGUAAAAUUCUUCGUUGGUGACGUAAAUUUAAAAGAAGUCAAAAAUGUCGAAAAGGUUGUUUCAAAUACCGAUAGAAGAAAUGAUAAAGAAAACAAUGACACUCGAGAUCAAGUAAAGAAAAUUAUAGAUAAAAUAUUAGGAAAUAACUCGAAGAAGUUGGGAAUUUCACAAUUACAGAACGGCAUAAAAGAUCAGGAGCUUCUAGAAAAAAGCCAACCUAGACCUACAAAUAAAGACGUAAUAAUUAAAGAUUCGCCUGAUAUCAACGUUAUAGACAACAUGAAUGUAAAGCAGGAUUGUAAUGUGGAAAUCGACAAUUUCAAUUUAAGAAAUAGACCACGUUUUGUACCUAAAGGUAUGUCUCAAAUAUUUGAAAAUUGUCGCUCCAAAACUGCAUGUGACUACAAUAUAGAUAAAGAUUAUUAUGAAGAUAGCAUUUAUAACAAUUUUGUCAAUGACGUUCAAGCCAACACUGAAAUAUAUGAGCCAAUGAUACAAAAUGUUGAAGAACUUGCAACAAAAAAUGUUCACAAGUUUCAAACUAAAGUGAAGAAAGAUCACGCAUCUUUAGUUUUUGACGAGAAUUCAUUGAAAAAUGCUACGGUUCUUGGUCAAGUUGACUGUAAAUUUAUUGCAGCAGUAACGGAAAACCAUUAUGUUGAACAAACAGAAGUUUCACAAUAUCUCAUGUUAUUUGAUCAACAUGCCGUUCAUGAGAGAAUAAUGCUAGAAAAGAACUUAGCAGAUUAUAUCAUUGAUGACAAAUGGACUAGUGUCCCAGUAGAUAAUAUGAUUUUGAAGAUGUCGAAAGACGAAAUUCUUUACCUGCAUAACUACAAAGAUAAGUUCAAUCAGUUAGGUCUAUUUUGGACUAUUUCAGAUACUAACGAAGUGAUAGUUCAUUCUAUACCUGAAGCUAUUCUCGGUAAAAAUCCUAGAGAGGUUGAUAAGGUAAUAAAAGCCGUUAGAAAUGUGAUUGUCGAAGAAAUCAGUGCUAUUAAGCUGCAAAAAGGAUGCAUGUCGUUGUACCCAAAGAGUAUUAUGGAUUUAGUUUUCAGUGAGGCUUGCCGUUAUGCUAUAAAAUUUGGUGAUCAACUUCCGAAGAAUGAUUGCGUAGAAUUGAUAAAUGGAUUGUCGAACUGCAAGACACCAUUUCAAUGCGCACAUGGAAGGCCUGUGAUGGCAGUCAUAAUGGAUAUGAAAGAAGAUAAUAGAGAGUAUAAGGUAAACAUGGAACAAUUGAAACGAUUUAAGAAAAUAAAUUAA